UUUAAGUUUCACCUAACCAAAAUUAAUCCAAGAAAUAUCAAGCCCUCUUUUAUUUUCACUCGUUCUUCUUUAUUCUCUCUCCAUCUCACUUCUCUCUUUGCCAGGUUUUUCACUCUUUAUAGCUUUCGUGGGUGGGUUUUUCUCCCACAAUCAAUCGAAAUCCCAACAAAAACAACUGUGUUUUCGUUUGUUUUUAGGAGGGAAAAACAAAACCCAUCACUUCAAAAACCCAGAAUAAUUUAGAAGAUUUAGUAAGGAAAACAAAAAUGUCGGGAAAAGGAGCAAAAGGUUUGAUUACUGGGAAAUCAUCUGGAUUGAACAAGGAUAAAGACAAAAAAGUGCCUGUUUCUCGCUCUUCUCGUGCUGGUCUUCAGUUUCCCGUGGGUCGUGUUCAUCGUCUGCUGAAGACCAGGGUUACUGCAAAUGGGAGGGUUGGUGCAACAGCUGCUGUGUACACUGCAGCGAUUCUCGAGUACCUUACUGCAGAAGUAUUGGAGCUUGCAGGAAAUGCGAGUAAGGAUCUGAAGGUGAAGCGUAUCACUCCUAGGCAUCUGCAGCUGGCUAUCCGUGGAGACGAGGAACUUGAUACACUAAUCAAAGGAACCAUCGCUGGUGGUGGAGUUAUCCCUCACAUCCACAAAUCUCUGAUUAACAAAUCAUCCAAGGAUUAGACUUUUGGUGGUUAGAACUUAGAAGCCCAAGCUACAUGUCCGCAUUUUUAUGCAUGACCUAUGAAAUUAGAUGAUUUGUUUAGCUGUGUUUUCUCCAUUAAUAGUAGCCACAGGAUGGUGAUGCCUUUGCUAAGGUGUUCUUUUAGGUAAUACUUUCAGCAAACUUUUGUGCGUCAUCUGUCUUCUUAUGAGUUCAUCAUGUUCAUAUAGUUUAGUUAUCGAGACUUGAAUGAUGCAUGGCGUUCAUAUCAUA